ACCGUUUUACACAUGUACAAACCUGAAGAGUGAUGAGCGGCACGACCUGCGAUGGAAAAGGAAGGGCUGAUGAACGUCAAAGCUCUGAGGGCCAAGUUUCAGGAAGAGGCCUUUCUUGCUCAAUCCAAAACCAGUCGACCAGCUGUUGCAGAGAAACCCAAACACCUCCCACCUCCUGGGGGUCACUGCAGCUCUGUGGUCAGCAGUAUUAAUAUCGCUGUGGAAAACAAGACACCAGUGGUUCCCCGGGUCAUCUUCAGAGAUGGGCUGCGGGCAUCUGGAGGCAAACGACCAAUUUCCUUUCCACCACAACCUCAACAGACCUCCCCCUCAUCCCAGCUUACUAAUGGAGACAGCACAACAAGGCAGUCCCUCAAAGACAGACACAUGCCUCUGGUGCUUCCUGUCCUGCCUGUGAAGGAGAAAAAGACAGAACCGCCAUCCAAAAAGGAGCACAAACUGGAACCAGAUCCAGGGAAAGAAGUCCUGCCACAAACUAAAAUCAAGAAGAAAGGUUUGCUGCUUCCUUUUAAGUCUGCCAAGGCAUCAAAGGUCAGCACAGAAAAUGUGGAGGAGCCUACGUAUGCUGAUUUAACCACCAGACCUUCCAGUGCUCCCGGCGAGUUGCCCUCUGUAGAAAAGCAAACAACAGAGGAUGGGGUUUCUCUUCACAGUGACCAAUCUACCGCUGAGCUUCCCUUCUCCAGCCCAGAUAUCCCAAUCACCCCUCCUCCUGCAGAUACAAGUGUCGACUCCGAACACAAAAUCAUUAGCACCUUGGAGAGGGCCAAGAGGAAGUUUUCACGCAGUCAUGUGUUGAUCUCUGCCAAACCUAAGAGCUUACGUUCCCCUGACUACAUCUCAAAAGACAAGGUGUUCCCUUCACUGCCAAAGAACGCUGACUGUGUUGAGCCUGAGCCACCUGUGCCCCCGCCAGCGUGUUUUCCCCACCUGGCUUGUCUGUCAGCCCGACCUUUCUUCAAAGCAAACCACUCAUCACGCAAGUCUCCGUUGGAUAAGCAUUUUGACAGAGGUAAAGCUCUUCCCUCUGUUGAACCUCAUCCAACCUCCGCUCCUCCAAAGAAGCCUCUACCUGACGUGAGGUCCCUGGGCCUGUUGCCACCAAAGCCCCCCAGACCUCCAUUAGUAGAUCUCAGCUGUUACCACCAACUCACAGAUAACGAGGUGUCACCAGGUCUCAGCCAAGCACCAAGCGAAGAACCAGUGUCUGAGCUCCCAUCCAUCUCCAACUCUGUACUCGACGCUCCCGAGUUUCCAGACUUUGAGAGUACAGAGAUUGAAAUGUUAGAGGGUGAAGCUGUUGACAUUGGUGCUCUAGAACUGGAGGCCUUAGACUUAGUCAGCACUGACUUUCCUGCACCAGAUGACCAUGGGGUCACCGAUUUCGAGAAUCCACAACCUGAUGUAUCAGCGUGUGAUCCCGCCGAGCCCUUAAUGAGCACCUGUGUCCAAGAUCUGAACCUUGGCAGUCCAAACAUAAUCCCCCUCGACCCAGACAGCUUCCCUGAACCAAUAAACCUUUCAGAGUUCCCAGAGCCUGCUGAGUCAGAGCAGUGGUCUCAGAGCGAGGAGGCCAUCGUAGAGCCUCCUUCUAGCCCUCAUGCUGAGGAGACUGAACAGGGAGCUGCUGAGUCUCACUCUGCUGCACAGGAAACAGACAAUGGUGACCACGCAGCAUUGAAUAAUGGGCUUCAGUCACAUCCAAAUGUAUCUGGACAGGACAGUUACUAUGAAGCAUGUGAUAAUGUGUACGAGGACGUCGAGAACAUCAACAAAUUGAUCUUGGGCCAGCACUCGCGUAAACGAAAAGGAGGUCUGAAAAAUCCAUAUGCUGACAACCACCACACGAAGGAGGAGGCGUCUCUUAACAUAUGGCCGCGGAAUCCAUGGGGCAGUGUAUCAGGAGAACACGCUCAUUUGGUCCAUAAUCAUGUCCACAGUAAAGAACGCCAAAGUCCCAACACUGCUGACCACAAAGAGCAGAAGAAGAGGGAAAAACAGCGACUGGAGAAAGAGAAAAAGGAGCAGAAAGAAAGGGAGAAGAAGGAAAAUGAAAUGAAAAAGAAGUUCAAAGUGACCGGCGAAGAGGAGCCCAUGUACCACGCCAAGGUGAUGGUGGCUAGCAAAGUUCGCAAGAAUGACCUGCCAGUGAAGAACGGCGACACGGUCAGCAUCAUUCGCACCACCAACUGCCCCAAAGGCAAAUGGUUGGCCCGAGACUCCAACCACAAGUACGGUUAUAUUUCAGUGAUGAAUGUCGAACUGAAUAUCAAAGAAAUGCUGGAACUUGGCAAGAAGGCCCAAGCAGCUGGACGAGGAGGCAACGUGGAGGGAGACACCAUCAGCAUUGGGAGCAGAUCCUCUAGCCACCCUGUGCUGACAAGCAGCUUCACAGAUGACAGUGAGGAGUGGGCAUGUGAAGAUGAGACCCUCUCACCCACAGAUGAAAGCCAUAACUUUUCCCAUCAGACUGCCUCCCUGCCUGAGAUGUCAUGUGGUCAUGUCAGCGCCCAGCACACUCUGAGCGAUGCCAACCUGGAAGACCUGCACACACAGACCAGACAUGAGGCCCUGCAGAAACUAGCCAUCUUCUUUCAACAUGGCAAAGAUGAAUUUGGUGACAUCCUUGAUGGUGGCGGACCUACACCUACAAAUGCUGAGUCAUCAAGCUUCUUGUGUGCUGUUGAGGAGCCUCCAUAUCCUGAACAGGAGGUUGACUUCACAGAGCUGGAGUUUCUUCCUCCCCCGCCGCUGUAUGCUGACACCUUCUGAACUUUUUGGAUGUGAAACUCUGCCAUUAAGACGCUGUGCCAAGUAUUUGAAUAUACUUUUUGAUCCUAUGCAGUGGAAAAAACAAUCAUGGAUGGAGCUGCUGAUGUGACUUUAUUAUAAUUCUGACCUCACCUUAUUGUUAAGUUUAUUUCACAUUAUGUUCUACACUUUUCUUUUCUCUGACGUUAGUUAAUGGAGCACAAAUUGAGUCUUUGCACUCCAAAGAGCAGUGACAUAAAGAAGCCAGCUAUUCACUCGUAGAAGCUUUAAUUUAAGGAUUUGUUUGUGAGUGUGUUCUUUCGUGUUUGGGUUUUCUUUUGUUUCUUUUACAUUUAAUAAAUAUUUGUUAAUGAUUUAAGCCUUUGAUGA